UAGUAGGUACCCUGAACUAGUACAAUAAGUUAGAGUGAGAAAACGUAUACUUGUCUCACUUCAAUAUAUUGCAGUUCAGCAGUGCAGCUACAAAGAACAAGUCUAAGGUUGUGGAUAAAGAGUCAUUCAGAGUUCUGGCAUAACCGCUGUUACAUUUAAACGUGUCCGAGUAAGUUCGGACCUGAUAUUUUUUUUUGGAACUUGUACCUUGGUACCUGGCAGAAAAGGCUAUUUGAAAAAGCCAAAUAAAAUAUAGAGAAGAGAGUACGAUUCAAUAGAGCGUUAUAAAAAUAUAAUAAUAUAUUUUUAGGAGGUUAAAAAGAAAAAAAAUAGGAUAAACUGAAAGAAAUUCUAAACGUUUCAAAGUGUUUAUAUCAAAUUGAAUGCAUUCUUAAGAUAUGGUCCGCUUCAAGAACAGGUAUAUGGUUCUUGAAAUAACACCACAUAACAGAAGUGAUAAACCGUUAAUAUUGAAAACUACAGUUCUGCAUGAUGCUAUUCAACAGGAAGUACAAAAAUUGUACGGUGAUUUUGGAGUAGCUGCAAUAAAGGCUGGUUUUAAUGCAAAAUAUUGUAACACACAUACUAAAAUUGCACUGGUAAAAGCUAGACAUGGCCCUCACAAAUUUUUAUUGCGUGCUAUUCCAUUAAUGAAUGAUGUAGGUGGACGACAUGUUAAAAUAAAUAUCCUGUAUGUUGGGGCAACUAUAAAACAUUGCUUUCUCUUUAUCAGAAAACAUCAAGAAAAGAAACUGGAACAAAUAUGGGCAAGUUUACGAACAGAUACUGAAAGAAAAGAAAUGGAGGAGGCUUUAAUGACUCUGACACCUGCUAUGAAAGAUUUUACAUAAAUAUUAUAAUUUA